AUGAAACAAGUAAUCAGUCUAGUUCUAUUUGGAUUGUUUUGCGGCAACGCAGUGGUGACCAACGCUAACGUUCAGAACACAAAGGAAGGGCCCUCCCAUUCUGGCCGUAUUGUCAAUGGCAUCCCAGUGAAUAUUUCAAAUUAUAAGUAUGCACUGAGCAUGCGACUUAACGGUGAAUUCAGAUGUGGAGCUUCCAUCAUCACUUGUUCACAUGCCUUGUCUGCUGCUCAUUGUGUGUAUAAUCUUACGGGCCCUAGAAUAGAACUAACUUUGUAUGGAGGAAGCACAUCUGCUUCUUCUGGUGGUGUUGAAUUUCCCGUUGUCGGCGGAGAAAUUCAUCCAUAUUAUAAACCGAAUUCUAAAUCGAAUACAUCGGAUUACGAUGUAGCUAUCCUAAAUGUCCCUGCAAAUUCCUUCAGCGGAAGGCCAAACAUGGCUCCAUUAGCGCUACAAACUAAAGAACUGCCGGUUGGUACAAGGUGCUUUGUGGUUGGAUGGGGCCGGACAGGGGAAAACCAACCAGUGUCUACCAAUCAAUUGCUCUACGCCAACAUGAACAUUGUGUCGCAGAGCAGUUGUGCUUCAAUGUGGGCUAAUUUCGAGAAGCUGUGUGCAGAAUGCAAGCAGUCUAUUACCUCCAACAUGGUUUGUGCCCAGUACUACAACGGUAUGGACACGUGCAGGGGUGACAGCGGCGGUGCAUUGGUGUGUGGAGGUAGAUUGACCGGAGUUGUGUCGUUUGGUCCUUAUUGUACAGGUGUAUGGCCAUCAGUAUUUGCUAAGGUAACUGCACCUAGCAUGCGAAGCUUUAUUCAGCUAUACACUGGAAUUUAGAUACUGGAAAUGUUGCAAAGCAGUAAUAAAAAGAUGUGUAAU